GAAAAUUACCCGACACACAACGAGUUCAGAUCCGAUACCUUCACAGUGCCGACUGCGACGAUGCUGCAGGCGGCAACCGCGUGCUCUGUUGGAGACUCUGUCUACAAAGAAGACGAGGAUACCUUGGCACUAGAGGCCAAGGUUGCGCAUAUGGCGGGCAAGGAAGCCGCUCUUUUCUGCUGCUCGGGCACGAUGUCCAACCAGAUCGCGCUUCGGGCACAUUUGCACCAGCCUCCGCACCGGAUACUGUGCGAUUACAGAGGCCAUGUGUAUGCGCACGAGGCUGGUGGGCUGGCGACUCUGUCGCAAGCGAUGGUGACCCCGGUUAUACCAGCGAACGGGUUAUACCUGACUUUGGACGAUAUUUUGGAAAACUACAUCCCGGACGACGGUGACAUUCACAUGGCUCCGACCAAAGUGGUCUCGCUCGAAAAUACAUUGCACGGGAUAAUCAUGCCCCUGGACAACAUCCGCGAGAUCUCGGAGUGGUGUCGCGCGAAUGGUGUGAAACUGCAUCUGGACGGUGCGCGGUUAUGGAAUGCCAGCGCCGCGACCGGCAUAAGCAUUGGCGACUACUGUCAAUACUUUGACUCGGUCUCGCUGUGUCUAUCUAAGGGUCUGGGUGCUCCCGUUGGGUCGAUGUUGGUUGGCGAGCGCGACUUCAUUGAGAAGGCCAAUCAUUUUAAGAAGCAGAACGGAGGAGGAAUCAGACAGGCGGGAAUACUGACGAGGAUGGCCAGCAUUGCGAUCGACGAGAAUUUUGCCAAGCUGCGGAUAGGCCACCAGUUUGCACGAGACGUUGCGCAGUUCUGCGAGGCAAACGGCAUAGCAUUGGAGUCGCCGGCUGACACGAAUUUUGUGUUUCUGGACCCGAAGAAAUUCAGGAUCGACCCUGACGUGCUCGCGUCGCUGUCUGAAAAAUACGGCCUUAAAGUUAUGGGUUAUAGAUUGGCCUUCCACUUCCAGAACUCGCGCGAGGCAGUCGAUCAGCUCAAGGAGAUGCUCAAGGAGGCGUAUGAAUACGCCCAGACGCAUCCGUACGUGGCCAAGGGCGCCGUGCGCAUAUAUAGAGCGGAUAAGUCAAAGUAGCAUAAUGAACGCUAAUUUAAC